AUGCGGUGCGUUAACGGCCGGUUCAGUAGCUGUGGCACCGCCUGUCCCACCACGUGCCAGAACUUACGCCGUCCACCAGAAGUUUGUGCAGCCGUAUGUGUGGCCGGUUGUGUCUGUAACCCGGGUUACGUACGCCGGAAUAGAAAUAGUAACGUAUGCGUGAGAUCCAGAAAUUGCAUUAGGCGCUACGGUUGAUUGACUGGUGCUUAAAUGAAUAAUGGCAAUGGUCAUUUAGAUUCUAGGGGGAG